CUCUUUCUCAAUAUAAAUGCUACAAAUAUUAAAAAUUAAAAAUCAACAAGUUUUUAGUUACCAUUUUUAUACGUACAUGUAUCUCAGGGAAGAGAAAGAGAUUAAAAUAAUAAAUAUACACAUUACAGUAUUUAUUCAUCAUAAGAUAUAGCAUUUAUUAUUGGAUGAUACAUUUUGCAUUGUACAUGAGAAGCUUUCUAUCAAACAUACAUAAUGUCUCAAUUGAUUAUAUCAAAUAGAGAAAUUUUUAAUUGUCGAAUUGUUAAUCAAUUGUGUGAUUUUUGUUCAUUAUGUUUUUUGGAAAGCAUUCAUAGUUUACAAAGUAAGAUCAAGGGUCUAUAUAUUAUAUGAAUUCAGACUGUGGAAAUUUCGAAAUUUAUUAAGUUGGCAAGAUUGUUGUCGCAGACGUAGCAUGACAUGCGCAUGCGCAUCUUGCAUACCGCGCUCAUAGCAUCGGAGUGAAGUCACAUUCGUUGUGCAUCGCAUCCUUUUCAAUAGUAAAUCACGCGAGUGAAAGAAAUUAUAUAAAUUAAAUUAAGUGCUCAGUGAAAUAUCGUAAUUUAUCGCAUUAUCGCAUUUAUCUCAGAUAAUUUUAAUUAGUGAAAUAUUUCUUGUAUGCUGUGAUUUAAAUAGGACACACAAUAUCUCUCGCGUAUGUACAACAAUACAGCGAUUAAUUCUAUUCUCAAAGUCGAUGCACAAUCUGAAGUAGACAAGAGAAAGUUUGCCUUGAAGCUGAUACCCGGCAAACUAACAAUCUUGGACCGUGCGCGCGGCAAAUGAUUGACAGAAUGAUAUCAACGUCACGUACGUUAUCCUCGUCAAAACAAACUUUAGUUAUGUCGAUAUCUUCGUCAUUGUUUCGCGACAGAAUAUUAAGAAGAUAUCUGUAAUCUCGUCUAGAUAACAAAAUUCUGUUUGCGAUUAAUUGCAUUAUGUAAUAAAGAUCGCAAAAAUUGUCCGUGAGAAGAAGGUGUGCGCAGUCAAGUGUUCUUUCAUUCUUUUUUUUCGCUCUCUUAAAAUUCUCAUUCACGCUUUGAUCCCGAAAACCAAUAAUGAUGAUGAACACAACGAUUGAUAUGAUGGAUUACGUUCAAAAUUCAACUCACAACUUAACGCACGAUAUGGGCCAGAAUUGCGAGGCUGAAUUGCCAAUCAUCGCCCUGGUCAACCAAAUUCUCUAUUCUAUCGUCUGCGUUGUCGGACUUCUCGGGAAUACGUUGGUCAUUUAUGUCGUCCUACGCUUCUCGAAGAUGCAAACGGUGACGAACAUGUACAUCGUAAACUUGGCGAUCGCGGACGAGUGCUUUCUAAUAGGUAUACCGUUCUUAGUGACGACGAUCAGUUUGCGUAGUUGGAUCUUCGGUAAAAUUAUGUGCAAAGCGUAUAUGACCACGACAAGCAUUAAUCAGUUCACCAGCAGCAUCUUUCUGUUUAUUAUGAGCGCCGAUCGUUAUAUUGCUGUAUGCCAUCCGAUAUCAUCCCCGAAGAUGCGCACGCCCUUCAUCUCCAGAGUGGUCUCGCUUACCGCCUGGGCCACCAGCGCGCUCUUCAUGGUCCCGGUAUUUCUUUACGCGAACGCCAUGGAAUCUCCGGAAGGUGUUAUCAGUUGUAACAUUUAUUGGCCGAACGAUCGUGGCGGCCAGACCACUUUCACCCUCUACACCUUCAUUCUAGGCUUUGCCGUUCCUCUGGUUCUAAUACUGAUCUUUUAUUUCCUCGUGAUCAAGAAGCUGCGUACGGUAGGACCGAAAAACAAAUCAAAGGAAAAGAAACGAUCGCACCGGAAGGUCACCAAGCUGGUGCUAACAGUUAUCACUGUAUAUGUAAUCUGCUGGUUACCCUACUGGGUCACUCAAGUAGCGCUGAUAUACACCCCCCCGAAGCAAUGUCAAACCAGCAUCAGCAUUACCAGCUUUCUUUUAGCCGGUUUUCUCAGCUACAGCAAUAGCGCAAUGAAUCCGAUUCUGUACGCUUUUCUAAGCGACAAUUUCAAGAAGAGCUUUCUGAAAGCGUGCACCUGUGCGGCUGGCAAAGAUGUGAACGCGGCGCUGCACAUCGAGAACAGCGUAUUUCCGAGAAGAAACAAGGCCAACGCCGACAGACUUCAAUCUAACCGGAUGGUCACUUCCGGACAGUCCAGGAUAGAACUCGAGGACGAGGAGGCGGAGAGAGGAUUGCUCAUCAGUAAGACCUCCACUACUACAGUGACCAUGACGUCACGAUCGAACAUCACGGUGAGCAGCGAGCCCAGAGACCUGGCGCAAAGGGAUAAAGAUCUAAUUAAGAACGGUGCACAGUUAACUCUGUUGACGCAGGUUUAAAGCUCUCCCUACCGAAACUACCGCUCUCCAUUGUCCAUUGGAAAUGAUAGGCCGGCUUAUCCGUUCCCUGGAUCCUGAUUGUAACGACGAUCUUCGUAUUUAUUGCGCUGUUCACGAAGAUCGAGGAUCGGGAUUAAGUGCAAUGGUAAAAUUACUAGAUGCGUCGGCUUGUCAGUGAUCUAUGUGACAUUGAUGAGUGAUUUUACAGUGUUAGUAUGAUCCGAGAUUCUUUAUAGAAUCAUAUGACCAUCAUGGAAAUGCAUUGUGUCGAAUGCCAACGUAAUCGAUAUGAAUUUUACAAAGAAGCUGUGCUUCGAAUGGGUAUUAAAUUCUUGGUGCUAUUUGUUUCGACACGACAAUUAACCGAAUAAUUUGAAAGUCACAUUAAUGUUGUUAUUAUAUAUAGUCUAGAAAAACUUUGUACGAAUCGACGCGAGACCGUAUUUUGCAUUAUCGCGAAGAUGAAGAAGCUAUAGAUCUUAAAUAUUUUUUCGUAAAAAUGAUUUCUCUAAAUGCAACAUACAAUCGUUGUACCUGACUGUUGUUCGUCAUGAUAUUUAUAUAUUAUAAUAUUACGUAAUCCGAAUUUUACGGUAAUACGAAGAUUAUCAAAACCCGAAGACACUGCGCUCAAUUCUAAAUGCAACGAUCGCCUAGUCGAGAUAUUCUUUCGCGAUAGAUGAGAUAAAACUCUCUUCUUCUAUCUAACAAUAUAUUAUUGGACUGAAUAUAAAAGCUCAUGAUCGAUGAUUUUUUUCAUUUCUCAUGACAAACAUCCAAAAACACAAAAAAAAUCGAAGAGUUGUGAUUACAUCCGCCGCGGAUAUUGAUCUAUGAGUUAACUUACGAAAGAAAUUUCUGUUAAACUUUGCGAUGAUUUAUUCACAUUUCAAAGCGGCAACAAAAAUAUGCAUGUGUAAUGUUUCAAAUAGCAGUCAAAUAUAAUUGUGUAACUAUAAUUGUGUAGGUAGCUAAGAAUAUUUAUUAAAGAACAAUUCAGCAUGUAAACUAUUAACGUUUAUUUUAUAAUAAUAAACGCAGGUUGUAUAAGAAAUGACUGAUAAAAUCUUUGCCAAGAUAUAAACGAAUCAACUAUUUUACUAGUGCUCCGUGCCAAAAUUAAAUAUUGAUUUGUUACACAUAAAUAGCAACACCCUACAAGGAAAUAACUUUCCUAACAAUCGGCAAACAUUACAGAACCCAAGACAAAACCACAAGAGAGACUUUCAAAGACGAAAAGCCUUCCCAAUUUAGUGUUACGAGGCCUAACAAUCUCCCCGAAAUGUUUCCCUUUCGAAAGAAAAAUGACAGAACUCUCUUGAGAUUCGUGUCUCGUCACCUCUCUUUUUAUUUUUCCGUUUAAUGUACUAUUCUAUUAUUUUCUUUUCACCCAGCAAAAAAUCAGUAUCACAAUGUAUCGCCGCAAUCACAAUACGAGCGAUAUAUUUUAUGUAAGCAGUGUUUCUUUUUACAUAUAGACAGAAUAACUUUUCUUGUAUUAACUCAUCUACGCUCGCGGAACAAAGAAUCGAAGAUGAAAUUCUCGAUACGCAGUAAUUCACGAUGAAAAAUCAUAAUGCGUCGUAUUUCGGAAGCAUUUUGUCAAAGUUUAUAUCGAGUAUGUGCAUGAUUUCAUCGACCAUUCGGAUAAUAUCGGGUAAAAAUUGUCGACAAUAUUUUAAGCGAAUCAAUAACAAGACGAAAAUAUGUAUUUAUUGAGCAAGCGUGCGAUCAUAUUGCUGAUUUAUCAAAUUUAACGUUGCGAACAAUUUAAUAAAUUGUACUAUUUAUCAAAAAACAUCAGUUAAGCACGCGCCGAUUUUUUUACAAUAUUUUGUAUUUAUUGACAAAAUAUGACUUUCUUAUUUAACUGUAAAUAUUGAAUUAGCUUUAUCGUUUAUAAUUAUAUUAUCAUUAACUGUUUAU